AUGGACAAGGGUUACGAUGUCUACGAGUACAGCCGUAGAGGUGACUUGGAGAGCCUGCGCGAGGCUCUCGAUUCUGGUAUGAAGCCCGACGACUACAUGGCUUACGAUGGCUCAACCGCCUUGGUCAUGGCUGCCAGAAGUGGCCACAGCCACAUUGUCAAGGAGCUGCUCGCACGCGGAGGCGAUUCGCAGGUGCGAACAGAAGAUGGCUCCACCCUGCUCCACCAUGCUGCGAGCGGAAAUAGUGCGGAGGCCAUCGAUCUCCUGAUCAAGUCUCGGAUCGAUGCAAACACUGUCAACGAAGAUGGCGUUUCUCCGAUCAUUCUGGCGGCCCACUACGGACACAUGUCGUGUGUGAGCGCUCUCUGCAGUGGUGGUGCCGAUAUCAAUUUGUCAGCGGAGGGCUGGGGUACGCCUCUGGAUGGUGCAGAAGGGGAAGUGGCAAAGUUUUUGGAAAGCAAGGGAGCCAAGCGUUCCGCUGGAGGUGCUGACCAGCCGCUGGCUGCAGCGCACGAGCGCUUCUCCUACGGCUGCUUUGAGACUGGUGAGAACCCUCACUCCACUCCUGUACUUGCACCCAAAGGUGACGAGGCCAACGACAGAAAACCCCAGGUUGGAGACUCUGUCCGCCUCCGGUUUGCAAAGCCAUCGGGCAUGCUUAGAGAAGGAGACGUGGGAGUCGUUGUGGCCGAUGAUGGCUCCGACUGCGUGCCACUAAAAGUCACAUUCGGCGAGCGCUAUGAUUACUACGAGUACCGUGAUCUCAAAGUGUGUGAGCCGGCAGAAGAGCUGCCGCAAGAUUCGGAUCAUGCGACGGAGGAUGGCACCAAGCGAUUCCUUGUCAGGAAGAAGCUUGAGAAGCGUUUUGCAUGCAAUUAUCUGCCUAAUGUCGAGAGGCGUGCCUGUCAAUGCACAAGCGCAAACCUUGCUGUGAAAUGCCAAGGGGAGCAAUGCGAGCGCUGGGGCGCACCGGCCUCUGUGUCUCCCCGGUCGGCUUUGGCUGUCAUCGUCUAG